GCGAGGAGCGCGGAGGCGGGGAGGAGACUGCAGCACCUGCAGGAGGGGCUUCAGCAGCUGCAGGAGUCGGAGGAUGCCUCUGUCAGCCGGGUCGCGGAGCUCCAAGAGAAGCAAAGGGCCGCGGAGGAGGAAGCCGCACGCCUCUCGCUUCUCACCGAGGAGCUCAGGAGGCGGCUGCGGCAGGAUGCAGAAUCGGCAGCAGCGAUGAGGGAAUUGGAGUCGCAGGCGAAGGCUCAGGCAAUUGCAGCGACGUCAGAGACGACCGCCCAGGCAGCAAGGAACGCCGAGGCGGAAAGCAGGCUGCAGCAACUCCAUCAGCUCAUGGAGCAACUGACCGCCCAGGCUGCAGGCCUGAAAUCCGAUGAGGAUGCGGCCGCGAGCAGGGUCGCCGAGCUUCGGAUAGAUGUGCAGAUGGCUGAGAGUGGGGCCAAAGCUGCUGCGACGGAGAUGCGGGCCAUGGAAGAGCAGGCGAAGGCUCUGACGGUGGUGGCAGAGUCAGAGACGGCCGCCCAGGCAGCAAGGAACGUUGAGGCGGAAAGCAGGCAGCAGCAGCUCCACUUGGACAUGCAGCGAUUGAUAACGGAGGCAGCAUGCCUGAAGUUCAGGGAGGAUGCGGCCGCGAGCAGGGUGGCCGAGCUGCAGGUAGAGAACGUGACGGCUGAUAGUAGGGGUAAGGCGGCGGAGGAGGAGGUCGCCCGCCUCGUGCGCCAUUUAGAGUUAAGGAACGCCGAGGUGGAAAGCAGGCUGCAGAAGCUCCACCUGGACAUGCAACGACUGACAACCGAGGCAACUGGCCUGAAGGGCAGAGAGGACGCGGCCGCGAGCAGAAUGGCGGAGCUCCAGGCAGAGAGCGCGACGGCUGACAGUAGGGUCAAGGCUGCGGAGGAGGAGGGCGCCGAGGCGGAGCGCAGGCUGCAGCAGGCCGAGGCGGAGUGCAGGCUGCGCUCCGCGGCAGCGAGGGCCGCCGAGGAGGACAUCGAGCGGCUGACCGCCGAGGCGGCGGACCUGCAGUCCAGGGAAGGCGCGGCUGUCAAGCGGAAGGAUGAGCUUCUGCGGGCCAACGCCGAGGUGCUGAGCAGGACGAAGGCGGCGGAGGGCGAGGCGCAACAGCUCUGCCUGCAGGCGGCCCAGCUCCAGUCCCUGGAGCAGUCCACGGCCCGGGCGGUCGCAGAGGCGGCGGAGCGCCAGGCGAGGGGCCACCUGGAGGCGAAGGAGCAGGAGAGGGCCCUGGCGGAGGGCCGUCUGCAGCAGCUGCUCCAGGAGGUGGACAAGCUCUCAACCCAGGUCGACGGCGUGAGGGCCCGGGAGGAGGCCACCGCCAAGAGGAGGCUGGAGCUCCAGGCCGAGAGCGCCGAGGCGGAGAGGCGGGCAGAGGCGGCGGCGGCGGACUCCGCCGCGGCGAAGGCCCGGCACGAGGCGGCCGUCCAGGAGGGCGCGGAGAGGCUGCGCGCCGCAGAGGAGGAGGCGGCCUCCCUGAAGGCGCAGGCGGACGCCCUGAGCCGCAAGCAGGCGGAGGCGGAGCGGACCGUGGCCGCGCUGAAGGUCUGCAACGCAGAGGCCGAAGGCUGCGUCCACGCCCGGGAGCAAGAGGUGGUCAGCCUGUGCAACGAGGCGUCCGAGCUGAAGGCCCGCGAGGGCGCCGCGGAGAGGGCUGUGGAGGCGCUCGCGACGGCGGCGGCGUGCUCCCCGGCGGCCGCCGAGCGCGAGCAGGAGCCCGGGCGUGCUGCCGCGGGGGAGCGGGAGGCCCCCGGGCGCCCAGAGUUCCAGGCAGAGAGCGCGACGGCUGACAGUAGGGUCAAGGCUGCGGAGGAGGAGGGCGCCGAGGCGGAGCGCAGGCUGCAGCAGGCCGAGGCGGAGUGCAGGCUGCGCUCCGCGGCAGCGAGGGCCGCCGAGGAGGACAUCGAGCGGCUGACCGCCGAGGCGGCGGACCUGCAGUCCAGGGAAGGCGCGGCUGUCAAGCGGAAGGAUGAGCUUCUGCGGGCCAACGCCGAGGUGCUGAGCAGGACGAAGGCGGCGGAGGGCGAGGCGCAACAGCUCUGCCUGCAGGCGGCCCAGCUCCAGUCCCUGGAGCAGUCCACGGCCCGGGCGGUCGCAGAGGCGGCGGAGCGCCAGGCGAGGGGCCACCUGGAGGCGAAGGAGCAGGAGAGGGCCCUGGCGGAGGGCCGUCUGCAGCAGCUGCUCCAGGAGGUGGACAAGCUCUCAACCCAGGUCGACGGCGUGAGGGCCCGGGAGGAGGCCACCGCCAAGAGGAGGCUGGAGCUCCAGGCCGAGAGCGCCGAGGCGGAGAGGCGGGCAGAGGCGGCGGCGGCGGACUCCGCCGCGGCGAAGGCCCGGCACGAGGCGGCCGUCCAGGAGGGCGCGGAGAGGCUGCGCGCCGCAGAGGAGGAGGCGGCCUCCCUGAAGGCGCAGGCGGACGCCCUGAGCCGCAAGCAGGCGGAGGCGGAGCGGACCGUGGCCGCGCUGAAGGUCUGCAACGCAGAGGCCGAAGGCUGCGUCCACGCCCGGGAGCAAGAGGUGGUCAGCCUGUGCAACGAGGCGUCCGAGCUGAAGGCCCGCGAGGGCGCCGCGGAGAGGGCGGUGGAGGCGCUCUCGGCGGCGGCGGCGUGCUCCCCGGCGGCCGCCGAGCGCGAGCAGGAGGCGGCCCCUGCCUCGGCGCCCGACCGGGACGCCGAGACCCGGCGGCGGGAUGUCGUGGAGCGGAGGCUGAAGGAGCUGGAGGUCUCCCGCGAGCAUCUCGCCGGCGAGAUGGAGGAGCUCGAGACGAGGGCGGAGGCCGUGGCCGAGGAGGUGCGCUGCCUCCAGGCGAGGGCCGAGGAGGCCAAGGGCAGGCUUCAGGAGGAGGAGGCGGAGGCCGCUCUGCUGUCCAUGAGGGCGGCCCAGCAGAGGUCCCGCGAGGAGACGGUGCGCCGCGUCCACGAGCAGGCGUCCCGCCUGGCGGCGCAGGAGGGCGAGCUGGGCCUGCGGGAGCUGGCCGCGGCCCGCCGGCUGGAGGAGCUGAAGGCCUCCAGCCGCGAGGCGCAGAGGAGGGCACUGGCGGCGGAGCGGGAGGUGGAGGGCCUGGCCGCCGGCUACGAGGAGCUGCUGCAGCGGGAGCGGGCGGCGUCGCAGCUGGCGGAGGGGCUUCGCGCGCAGGCCGCGGAGCUGGAUGCGAAGCUCCAGGGCACGGAGGGCUGCCCGUCCCCACUGCUGCAGCACCAGAGCGUCGACUCGACCCGCUGCGACCCCUGCGAGACCAGCCUCGGCAGCCUCCGCAACCAGAGCCUGGAGUUUGCCCCGCUCGACCACGGCGACGACGGAGGCCUCCCGGCGAGGGAGCUGCCCGAGGGGGCGCGGUCGCCCGAGCUCGAGCGCUCGGUGUCCCGCACGCGCUCGCGGAUGCUGCAGCACCUCGCCUGGUCGCACGGGCAGCUCGCGCCCGCCGCGGCGGCCUCGGCGGGCGGAGGCGGCCGCCGCCGCGGGCGGAGCCAGUCGCCGGCCAGGGCCUCGGCGGGCCACCAGGUGCCCCGCCUGCACCACCUCGGGCCCGGCGCCUCUUCGCGGGCCGAGCCGCCCGGCCCCAGGGCCGCCGCGGAGCUGCGCGCCGCGGCGCUCGCCCGGCCGCGGAGCCCGGCCGGGCUCCUCCCCGCGCAGCAGGGGCCGGGCGAGGUGGUGCUGGCGGCCCUGUGCGCGCGGCGGUGCGCGGCCGAGGAGGUGGAGCAGGAGUCGGGCCCGGCCCCGUGCGCCCAGCAGAGCGCGGCGGAGCAGGGGCCGGGCGAGGUGGUGCUGGCGGCCCUGUGCGCGCGGCGGUGCGCGGCCGAGGAGGUGGAGCAGGAGUCGGGCCCGGCCCCGUGCGCCCAGCAGAGCGCGGCGGAGCAGGCAGAGGCCGAGGCGCCCGCCGCGCCCCGGGAGGGGCCGGGCGAGGUGGUGCUGGCGGCCCUGUGCGCGCGGCGGUGCGCGGCCGAGGAGGCGGAGGAGGAGCGAGAAGGAGUUGCCGCCCCGUCGGCCCGGGAGAGCACGGCGGAGCAGGAGUCGGGCCCGGCCCUGUGCGCCCGGCAGAGCGCGGCGGAGCUCGCGUCGCCCGCACAGGUGGAGCAGGAGUCGGGCCCGGCCCCGUGCGCCCAGCAGAGCGCGGCGGAGCAGGAGCCGGUUCUCGCCGACGGCGCCCAGCGCGAGCAGGUGCGGCGGGUGCGCGUGUGGGUAAAGGACCUGCACGAAGUCUGCAGGGUGUCCUUCGAGUAUGGCGACGGCACCGCGCGGGCCUUCGGGCAGGACGGGGGCCUGGAGCAGUUCCCCUUCGUCGUGCCUCCUGGGGAGCACAUUGUCAAGCUUCACUCCCGCUGUCGCCACGAGACCACUGGGACGCUGCUAGGGACUCCGUACAUGCACGAGGGCUGCUGCUUUGAGACGAACCAGGACAGGCGCAGCCUCUGGUACGGAGGCAACGGCGGCACCCUCAGCACCUUCACCGCCUCCGACGGUCACCACAUCACGGGGUUCAACACGCUGGGUGGUCUGAAGAGCGGCGUCCCCAUCGGCAUCGAGGAGCAGACGCUGGUGAGCAUGCACGACCUCGCCUGCGCUGGACACCUGUGCGACCUGACCUUGACCAGCAUCCGGCAGCUGGCCAUUGAAAAUGACUCUUGGUACGAAUUGCAGACGCAGCAGGAGCUUGAGAGGGUGACCACCAGAGGCGCAGCGGAACCAGGCCAGUACGUGGCGUCGUUCGAGGAGAUGCGGCACCGGGAAGACAUGUACGACGCAGUUGCCAGGGACGACCAGGACGCCUGGGAGAAUUUGGCCCAAGGCUCGGACUUGGCACGGGCGGACUUCCAGCGCCUCAGGGAGGUGUGGAAAGAGGCCGCCCAGCUUGGGAGCCAGGCAAGCCGCACCGGCGUCUGCGAGGCCAUCGCAGAGGCCGCGCGGGAUAAUGUGCUCUGCUUGUCGUGUGGCGGCCAAGGCUGCGGCCUUUGCAGGGCGCGCGAUUUCCUGAGCUGGGCGAGGCGUCGGUUAGCCACCGAGGUCCAGGAACGGCAAGAGCCUGAGUGGACAGCCGCCAGAGUGGCACCGCCUCAGGUGAGCACCGCGGACAGGGGGCCCGUGUGCGCCUUCCAGCACUUCUCUCACCAGAGAGCCGAGCGUGCCGCGAUUUCCUGA